CGCAUCAAGUGUUUUGGGACUUGUUUAUUUGCUCUGAACUUAUACGCCGCUGUAGGGGAAGAGAGCUUCUCUACGUCUAAAACCCUAGCCAUGGUGAGUUAUGAAACCUGUGUUUGUGGACUAUGUAUGACAGAUUUGAGAUUGCUUUUUUAAUGUUUGUGAAAUUUUGUAGUCGUUCGUAGCAAAUGAAGAUUUUCAACACAUUCUUCGCGUUCUGAACAUGAACGUCGAUGGGAAACAGAAGAUUAUGUUUGCCCUAACCUCCAUCAAAGGUAUCGGUCACCGCUUCGCUAACAUCGUCUGCAAGAAAGCCGAUGCCGACAUGAACAAGAGAGCUGGUGAACUAUCUGCUGAAGAGCUUGACAAACUUAUGGUGAUUGUUGCCAAUCCCCGCCAAUUCAAGAUUCCAGAUUGGUUCCUUAACAGACAGGAGGAUUACAAGGAUGGGAAGUAUUCUCAAGUUGUAUCCAAUGCAUUGGAUAUGAAGCUGAGAGAUGACCUUGAGCAGUUGAAGAAGAUCAGAAACCACCGUGGUCUUCGUCACUAUUGGGGUCUUCGAGUGCGCGGGCAGCACACCAAGACCACUGGCCGCAGGGGGAAGACUGUUGGUGUCUCCAAGAAGCGAUAAUUUGGUGGUUAUAAAUUAUGUGUUUCUGGAUAUCUUGCAUGUUCUGAUUAUUUUGUUUUUUUGAAAGAACUUGGCAAGUCUUGGAAUUUUUAUUUCAGCGAAGUUACAGUUUUGUACUGCGAAUGCUACUUUUUGCAUUUUUUGGUUGGAUCCACUUGUUAUUUAGUUGGACUCGCCUAUUAUUCUCUCAAAAUACUAUCGCAUGAUAUUCUCUCUCAAAAUAGUAUUGCAUUGGCCUUUGAACUUUUUUUUAACGCAUUUUGGUAAAAUCUAAUCUCACAGUGUGUGGUUUUGAAUUUUUUUUCCUGUUUUAUUCCCCUUUGUUAUGUUAUAUACAGUUUCAAAGAUCAGCAUUAGUGAAUACUUGUGUGGUUUAGCAUAUGAUGUGAAAUCUAGAUGCAAUCGAGGGCUGGGCAUUUUGGACCGCUCCUAUGCUUAUUACUGUAAAUGUAAGAAGUCGUUGCCGAA